AUGCGCCAGGAAACUGCCGUUCUUGUUUCCAAACUCUGCACGGUGGUCAUUGCCCAUUACCUUUUGAGCACGCUCCUGCCCCACACGCGUGUGCCUACUAUUGUGAGCGCUGUCCUUGCCAGCUCUGCGAUCUCGCAAUCCCCCAUGUUCCUGCGUCUGAGACAGCGUCUUGCCUCUCUGGCCGCUGGUCCGGCCGCCGUGUCCCAGGACCGGUCUCGCUCGCAGCUGUUGCGCGCCGUCAACGAGAUGCGCCAGUACCUUGCGCGCGGCAAGGCCUGGAACGAGAAGAAGCGCCAAUUGUACAAAACCAUGUCCUGGAGACAGCAGAAGAUCGUUGCGCAGACGGGCUACCAGGCCAAGAUGAACAAGGUCGACGCGACGCUGGCCGAAAACUACAAGCUGCUGCAGGACUGCGUGGCCCGCACAGUGCGCAAUCACAACAUCUCGACGCUCGAGCUCAAGCUGGCCGCCGACCAGGCCAGACUCAGCCCGCAAACAGACCACCACAAAGUGAUCGAGGGCCUGUGCCACUUUGCACGUGACUGGUCGCCCGCGUUCGACCGCGAGGUCGUGCCGAUCCUCGACUACGUCAGGACGCAGCUCGCGCGGCUGGACCUCGCCAAAACCACCGUGGUGGUGCCCGGCUCGGGACUCGGCCGCGUCGCGCACGAAAUCGCCCAGCUGGGCGCCAGGGAGGUCGUCUCCGUGGAGUACUCGUGGUACAUGCUGCUGCUGAACGAGUUUGUGUACGCAGACAGCCCCAGACGCUACCAGGUGUACCCGUACAUGCACAACUACUCGAACCACGUGGCGACACAGAACCAGUUCCGCGCGGUCGAGCUGCGGCAGCGCGCCAAACCGGCCAACCUCAGCGUGCAGCAGGGCGACUUCACCAGCUUCACGGCCGCACGGCUUCGCAGCGAGCCGCAUCACGUGGCCAUAGUCACGUGCUUCUUCCUUGACACGGCGGAGAACCUGAUGGACUAUUUCGACGCUGUGGCGCGCGUGGCGGACGCGGCGCGCGGCGACGUGCUGUGGGUCAACGUGGGGCCGCUCAAGUACGGCACGGCGGCGAAAGCAGAGCUGUCGCACGAGGAGAUCCGCAAGCUGCGCAGCGUCUGCGGGUGGCAGCUCGUGGACGAGCGCCCCAGGCCGGAGCUCCUGGGCUAUCUGACCGACACGGAGGGUCUGUGGCAGGGCUACUACGGCGUGACCAUGUGGACGUGCAAGCGGGCCCCCGAAAAUAUGUAA